GAAGUUGGAAGUUGGUAAUACUGGUAAUGGUAAUUAUAAUUCAUGAUUUAUGCUCGAGAAUGUUAUCAAAAUGGAAAUAAAAUAUUCGUCUUUAUCGCUAUGUAUGCAUACUUCUUCGUUAACUCGGUGUAGAGUAUACGUAAAUGUCGCUAUGAAGAUUAUCAACCAAACUUCACUGACAUUGCAAUAAAAUGGAGAGAGGAACAACACCUGAUUAUUUCUUAGAGGAACAACCCACUGGUGAACGAUGGGACCCACUUGGAGCACCCAAUGAUGAAGAAAACGAUGUGGAUAUUGUUAAAUAUGAUUACAGCUGCGACCACCACAACCCAUAUGGGAUGGAGAAACUCAGAAGCAUGGAAGAAGAGCAGGAACUUCUCAAUUCAUCACUUUUUGCUUUGACAACUCAUUUUGCUCAGGUCCAGUUUCGUUUGAGACAAGUUGUCAAUGCUCCAUCAGAAGAUAAAGAGGAUCUACUCAAAUCUCUGGAGGAAUUUGCUUUUCGGGGAAUACCAGAUGUAGGACUUGUUAAAGAACGUAUGGAUGAAGCUAGUCUUGCAGAAGCUGUGAGAUUGAGAAGAAGUCAACAAAAAGAACUGAUUGAAAGGCUGAAAUCACAACUGAGGGAAUUAGAACAGUAUGCUUUUGAAAGUGGAGAAGCUGGUAUACCACAGGAUGUAUUACUUGAGAGACAGAGAGUCAUCUUGAAUGAACUAAAGACAAGAAUGAACUUGGAACUUGAUGAGCAUAGUUUUCAGCAGAUGACAAAGGAUGAUGUGAGUAAGCAGAUAAAUAUGGCAUUUGAUCAACUUGUGAGCCCCUUGCGUGUAAAAGAACACUUAGUGGGCCAGUUGAAAACACAAAUUGCUGACUUGGAACGUUUCAUAAGUUAUCUACAGGCUGAUACAAAACAUUCCAAAUGCUCAUGUGGCUGUUCAUAUCAUACACUCAAACAGCCUUAUAAGAGUGAAACUACACUAGGGUUAAUACAGAGAACAGCUACUAUUUUGCAGAUGUUUGCUGUCCUACAGUUAGGAUGUGGUCCCCAUCAUUUCAGGAAAAAUGAUCUCAAGAAUACCAUGAAAGUUAACCAUUGGGGAGAUUUGAGGGCCAAACUGGAAAUGUCCAUUAUAAGAGUGAAGGAUCUUGUAAUGCAAAGUGAAUACAAGGAUCAAGAAGGUGAAUACAGUAGUGAUUCAGAAUCUCAGUCAGUAUCAUGUAAUGUUCAGUUGACAACUGCUGUAAGGAAAUACCUUGCAGCAUGCAUUCGAGAUCUUAUGCAGCAUGGGGCUUACUCCAUGCAGAGUACCAGCCUUGUUCCUCUGAUUGGGUGUUUUCCACGUAGAGCAUCUGUUGGUAAUACUCACAUUCAUGCUUGGGAGAUAAUCAUGGAGUAUUAUAAGAUGAAAAAUGGGGAAAAGUAUAAUUCUACACCUGCUAGAAAGCUGUCUCAGAGUUUUAAUUUGGAUAUUGCUGGAUCUUCUCCAUCAUCUAACAAGCAGAACAUGCUUUGUUGUAUUGGCAGUAUCAUUUCAACUCAUACUCCAUACAAGAGAAGUCCUGAUUCACAUUUCAAAGCUUUUGUUUGUGCAGCCCUGAAUGCAAAUAAACUUGUUCCUUGGUUGACCCUGAUAUUCACUUGUAACCAACUUGUGAAGACCUAUUAUCAACCUUGGAGUUAUGUUGCAAAAACAGGCAAGUCAUUUGAUUUAUGUUAUGGAGUAGACAUUGUGUCACUGUUUUUUGCUAGUUUCAAUGUAGUUUGUUUUCUUCUAUUAUUUGAUAGUAUUAUAAUCAAACUUGCUGUAGUUGACCUAGAAUUGCCCAUCAAUGAUACAUUUUUUUGUUCAUACAUAAUGAUAUAGAGGUUGAUUUGUUAUUUCUGAAUAUAUUUCCAAAUCAAUGAAAAUAACUUGAAGGGAGUUCACAUUUUCCUGCUGGUUGUGAGGGUUGGAAUAAUAUACACUUUCAUAAAGGACUUGAGGAAACCAGGGUGAACAUUUGUAUUUCACUUCAUGAGUUGAAUGAUCUAAUAUUUUACCAACUAAAUUCACAUUAUCAUCAACUGCUCUAAUUUAUGUGAUAACUUCACAAAUGAUAAGAUUUCCACAAAUCUUAUCAUUUGGGAAGUUUUUACAUUUACUAUGAAUUUCCAUCAACAGCAGUCAAUUAAAAAUAAACUUCUAUUUUACAUAUUCUGAAAGGAAUCAGUAUUCUUCAUUAAUAAACAUCAAUUAUUUUUGAAAUAUACUGGGAAAUAUAGUUUCUGGAAGAAUCCUUAGAGGGAUACAUUAUAAUACAUUGGUAAAUUAGAUAUUAGUGUAAAGUAUUUCCAAUAUAUUUCAGGGUUUCAAGAUAGUUUGAGGAGUCUGGACACCUUAUCAGGAUAUAAAUUCCAUUUACCAGUUGAUCUCGCCAUUAGACAGUUCCAAAAUAUCAAAGAUGUAUUUACUUAAUCCUAACAUAUUUUUUUAUAUAUCUAGUCAUUCCAUGUUUGUGUUAUUCCUUUGAAUUUGUUUUGAAUUACUGUGAUUAUUUGAGGAUCUGUCCUUAUAUAUGCCAUUUUUAUUGAAUGUGCAGUUUAAAUAAGAAAGUUGACUCCAUCUUUAGAUUUCAUUUCUAUAGACCUGUACAGUGCCAGUAUUUUUCUCUUCAAUUGUCUCAUUAUUGAAUUAUUGUUAUCAAUUUUUGUUCGAAAAUGUUAUUUUAGUUGAUUAAAUAUGUUCGUUUAUGUCC